UAAAUAAUAAAAUAACAUCGAUCAGUAUAUUCAACAAAAAUAUAAUAAAUAAUUUUACAUUUUUCCUUGUGAAUUAUGUCUCAACACAGCCAGAUACCGAUUGCGAUUUAGUGAAUAAAUGUCGUCAGUUCGAAGCCGAAAAUGAGAAAAAUUUUCAACUACUUCGCACUUCUCUACGUUUACUUUCCGAAUAUCGAAUGAUCGUGGAACAAUCGGAGGCUAAUAAAUCUCAAAUUUCGUCACCCCAACCCCCGACUCUUAUUCCUAAAGAAGAUUAUCUAGCAAUUUCUAAAGAACGUGAUCAGUUGCUUGAAGAUGUUAAAGGAGUUGAAGUUGCAUUUUCAGAUUUGCAUAGGAGAUACGAAAAAUUAAAAGUUAACCUAGAAAAUUACAAAUCGAAUGAAGAAAUCCUUUUAAGAUCUAUUAACGACAAUGAACGUGAAUUACAAGAAAGUACAAAGGUUCAAAUCGAGUUUAAACAUCAAACAGACGCAAUUUUAAAACAAGCUAACGUAUCUCAGGUAAAAUAUAAUAAACUAGAAAUGAAGACAACGAGAUUGGAGCGAGAGUUGAUUCAAAAAAAUGAAGAAAAUGCUCAACUCCAUGUGAUGUGUGACGAAUUAAUUGCCAAAAUGGAACAAAAUUGAAUUUAUAUUUAUAUGUAUUAUUAAAGAUAUCUUACUUUUGAUCGAGAAUCCUACAGUUGUAUAUUUUUUAUAAAUACUUUUGAUUGAUCAUUAGAAUGUAUUAAUAUUAGAAAUUUAUUAUAC